UGGGUUCCAAGUCUCCACAGGUCUGCACAUGGCUGUUUUUACCAAAACUCAUGAUGCACAGAUCAGGACUUCAGACUUCAGACCUCCUUCUGUAAUGCCUUCUAGCCACCCUCAGCGCCUCCUGGCCAGUCUAUGGUGUUGAAGCUACUUCACUCCAAGGAAAUCAAGUCAUUGAUUCUAGAUUUGAGUCAGAGAUUCCUGCCCUGUCUCUGACCGUGCAGGGACCAGGAGGCCUUCAACAAGCCUGGCCAUCUCUGAGCCAAGCCUCCUCGCUGACAAGUCACUUCUAACUUCCUUUGAUGAUGCUGCUGCUGGUCACGCACGUAACGUACGACUAAAGCUGAAAACAUCCAUCCUGUCAUUCCAACAGAACAAAGAAAUCCACCCAUGAUGGUGACGCCGUUCAACCACUGCUCGGAAGCGCUGAUUCAGCACUUCUCCAGUUAAAGCAGCUGUAGGCAGGACUGAAAAUAUUUGCUUUUGGCGGCGCCGCAGCAUGGUGCCUGAGGCUCCUUCCUGUCGCCUUCGUCGUCUGCAGCUUCCUGGCCUACUACUGCUCCUACACCAUCAUUCAAAGUAGUGGAACCACGGUCAGGCCUCUGAACAGCAGCCGGACGCUGUGCAGCGGCUGGCUCGCCCACAGGAAGUGGGAAGGUCUCAACCUGAAGUGAGUCCCGCAGCUCUGUCUCUUCAGGAACGGAUUAGCCGCGUUUACAUGCGUCUUAAAGGCACACUGCUGCGAAUCCUGCGCCUGGUGACCGACACCAGAUGCAUUCUUGUGUAGGAUUCAUUCUUUGUUCCUAAACCUGAACCUGGUCACAUGACUGAACUAGUACUGCCUCACUCGACUAACCAAUGUGUGGCUCACUGUUUCUCUGCAUCUCAUUUGGUGACAAAUGUGCCACUUGUGACUCUUUCUGUCGAAAUAUCUACAGAUGACUGUUUGUCAUUCACAGCACAAAUAUUUGUUUUCUAUCUUUAAUACAUUCAAAAAUGCAUUGGAAAUUGAAGUCAAACAUGAGCUAAACAUGGUUUUUAUUCUCUUAUUUCUUUCUCAGCAGCUGUUGAGAGUUUCUUGGAAAUAUUCCUGUAAUUAUCCACUUUUUAUCCUUCACACGACAUUCUACCAUAUUUCAGCUUUGUGUGCUCCGUUACUAUUGUGUAAAACUAAAAACAAGUGCUAUAAAUGUUCUCAUGACUCUCACCCUUGGUAGUUUGAACUAAGCAAAUCCCUCUCUACUCAGCACGUGCUGUUGCACUGUGUUUAACGCAGUGUCCAAGCCUUUCAGAGUCUUCCAACAGGAAGAGAAAAGGGCUGAAUCUUUUUUGGUUUCUGACCUGGAGUCUCUGCUGUAGGUCGACUCGACAAGUUUUACAUGGACAUUUGCGAGUCAAGCUCCAUGGAAAUGAGAGGCAUUGACUUCCAAAUGGAACCUCCUCAGGGGCUCCAACGCCACACUUUUGUCGCUUUCAUUUCAAACUGGGAAGCCUGGACUUAUUUUCAGUAAGAGGCCAAAGCUGGUUCCUUCUAACUGGAUCAAAUGAUGGCUCUUCCUUCUUGGUCAGUUUAACCAGCGGCUCCUGCUGAAGUGGUGGUUUGUGGAUCCAUCUCCGAAGCCUUUAAAACGCCGCUGGAAGCACCACUCCACUGGCCAGACUCUUGGCUGCCGCAGACGUGUGGCAGGGCUCUUCUCUGAGGAGCCGGCUGACCUCCUGCCGCUCCAGGCCACGGACUGACUGGCUCUCAGAGACAGUGGCUCAUAAACAGCUGGAGUGUGAAGCCAAGUCACAGCUAUUUGUCUGAGUACAACCUGCUUCCCGUCGCAGGCUCUGCAGCGCUGAGGCCUGCCCACACCCUUCUUCAGCAACAGGCUGUGGAAUGGAGACCUUUGAGUGCAUCUGCAUUGGCUGAUGGCCCUGGAAGCACAGGCCGUUGUUGAAGACGACCGACCGCUCAAAACACCAAUAACCUGGGCCAAGAAUUUGCUGAGUCAUGCGUUUUCUAAUCCGUCUUCAACUCCUCCGUGCAGCAUCAGCAGGCAGAAGCAGCUCUUCCUGAAGCUGGGAGACUUUUUCUGGCGAGAUCAUGGAUCGCAGCUGGCCUUACCCUACGGCGUCAAGGGCAGCGAGCUGCAGCUGCUCAAGGUUCUGGCCAUGACCCCGUAUUACCAGCUCCCGGCCCACAUUGAAAAGCUUGAGUGCAGGUCGUGUGUUGUUGUUGGCAACGGAUACGUCAUCAAGAACAGGUCUCUGGGAGGAGUCCUCAACAGCUAUGACGUGGUCAUCCGCCUGAAUAACGCCCCCGUGCGCGGCUACGAGGAGGAUGUCGGCAACAAGACCACCAUGAGGUUCUUCUACCCCGAGUCGGCCUCAGUGAACCCCAGUCUAAACAACGAGCCCGACACGCUGAUGGUCCUGGUGCCUUUCAAACAACAAGACCUUCGCUGGCUGAAGGAGAUCCUCUACGAUGAGAAGAGGGUCAGAAAAGGAUUUUGGAGGCCGCCUCCCCAGAUUUGGCUGGGUGACGCCAGUAAAGUCAGAGUGCUGAACCCUCACUUCAUGCACCAGACGGCGGAGAGACUGCUCCACAUCCCGUUUCCCCCAAAGGCCAAGCAGGUGCCAUUCCAUCCCACGACAGGCAUCCUAGCUGUGUUCGUGGCUCUGAAUUUCUGCGAUGUGGUCCACGUCGCUGGCUUUGGAUACCCCAGCUCCCAGAACCAAAGACUCCCCAUCCACUACUAUGGCCAUGACACCAUGAACUUGAUGAAGAAUUCCAACCACGACCUCGGGCGCGAAGCCAAAGCCUUAAGAGGACUGGAGGAAGCGGGUGCCAUCGUGUAUUUGCACCCCCAUUUGUGACGGCGGUGGAGUCCAGGUGGUGCGUUUCCACUGAUGCCUUGUGUUUGAACUGUCAGGUCAGGAUGAUGGAGCGUGCUUACCCACUGUGGCACCUUCUCUGUGGUACUGAGCGACACCAGCUGUCAGUCAUCCACCACCUCACUACCGUCCCAGGACCGGCGGCGGUGGGAGAAGGCUUUAGAAGGCAGCGUUGGUGCUUUUGGUGCUUCGUACUCAACCAUGUCCAUGGUUUCUUCUUUAUUCCUCGGUCAAAUUAAAUUUUGAGUUAAUUUAGUCACUUGUGUUUUAGAGCUCCACCCUUCUGCUCAUGGCAGCUGAUUUGUCACGAGUCACCGACCUGUUAAGCCACCUGAUCAGUGCUCGCAGUUUGAUUUUGCUCUCCUUUUAUUUAUUUGCAAUGUUUCUAAAGGCUAUGCAGGUGAAUGGUCCCACUGGAUUUUCUAUUGUAAAAAACUAUUUUUAAAUAAAAAUAAAUAAAUAAAUAAAUAUAUAUAUAUGUGUAUAUGACGUUGU